AGGAAAUGAGCGAGUGGGAAAAGGCACUUAACAGAGAAGCUGUCCGAGUCCUUGAUGCCGCUGAAAGACCAGUCAAAUUCUGUUGCGAUGAAGCCCGCCGUAGACGAGAUGUUUCCAGAAGGAGCUGGACCUUACGUAGAUCUUGACGAGGCAGGGGGCAGUACAGGACUACUCAUGGACUUGGCGGCCAACGAGAAGGCCGUUCACGCGGACUUCUUCAACGACUUUGAAGACCUCUUUGAUGAUGAUGACAUCCAGUGAUAAAGAAACUUCAUAUACUGCCAAGUGUAUGCUCCAGAAGCUGGCUUUUUUGGAUUUGUUGGUAGUCUGAAAACUAGUCUAAAUAUUAUGCUGUGCAUUAUAUAUUUGAAAUAAGAAUGUUUGCUAGUUAUUUUAAUAAAACUGUUGUAAA